AAGAUGGCCGCUUGGGGAAGGAGGCGUCUUGGCCCGGGCAGCAGUGGCGGCAGCGCCCGAGAGAGGUGAGAUCCAAGGGCUUGUUGCCCACGGUGCAGGCGGCUCAGGGGCCGGAGAGCCCAGCGCGGCCUCCGGGGGCUGCAGCAGCCUUCCUGCCCUGGUAUCCCCGGGCUCCCCCGACCCCCGCCUGGCAUACGGGGUUCCAGUUCCGGAGGAUCCGGGAUCCGGGUAGGAGCGAGGUCGAAGGCUUCGGCGGAGAGCUUAGGGGAAGGGGCGUUAGCCGGGCUGGGUAAGGUGGGCAGCGGCCAUGCGGGGUGGGGCUCGAGGCCGGGCCGUGCGGAGAGGAACUGGCGCCCAGCGCAGGCCUCAGGGACCCGCCUAGCCGCGGGCUGAUCGGCGGCCGAAGCACCCUUCCCGCUUGGCCGCGCGCGUGGCCAUCUCGGCCGCGGCCCCCAACGUGGCGAGGAAGGCAGGGCCCCUGGAGAGAGAAAGAAGGUGAAGCCUUCACAGAGCAGGCCGGCCGCGGCAGGGGUAGUUUGAUCUGCACGUUUACCAGGGAGCUUUAGCUCCCACCACAUGUGUCUCUUCCGGGCCCAGAGCCGGCCACUUCCUCGAGGGGCGAUUCUGGAGACUUUUGGAUGGUUCCGUGCAAGCGCUCCUGCCGUGGAAGUCAAUUAAAGUGACCUUUCCUAAUGAAUGGUGUGUGGGUAGGGAGCUAGGAACGUGUUUCUUCCAACAGAGACCUCCAUUUGAGUAACUGAUUUCUAGAAGAUGAGAUUGGAGUAGUUUCCGUGUUACAUGUUCAAGUUGCAGUUUUUGCUUCUGGGAAGCAGUUGCAGCUAGUGGAAGCCACUAGAAGCUGUUCAGCCGCUAGAAGUUUUGGGAGAGGAUGUAUAUUGGUGGAGCCACCUGGAUGAACUAUCCGCUAAAGCUUGAUUGUAACAGCAGCGGUCAGCAAAAAAGGAAAGUUUUGGGUUUGCUGUUGUUGUUUUUUUCCCCGUCUCUUUGGGUGAGCUUGUCGGCCACAGACUGCUACAUUGUGCACGAGAUCUACAAUGGGGAGAAUGCCCAAGACCAGUUUGAGUACGAGCUGGAGCAGGCCCUGGAAGCCCAGUACAAGUACAUUGUGAUUGAGCCCACGCGCAUCGGCGACGAGACGGCCCGCUGGAUCACCGUGGGCAACUGCCUGCACAAGACGGCCGUGCUGGCGGGCACCGCCUGCCUCUUCACCCCGUUGGCUCUGCCCUUAGAUUAUUCCCACUACAUCUCCCUGCCCGCUGGUGUGCUGAGCCUGGCCUGCUGCACCCUCUAUGGGAUCUCCUGGCAGUUUGACCCUUGCUGCAAGUACCAAGUGGAGUACGACGCCUAUAAACUGUCGCGCCUGCCUCUGCACACACUCACCUCCUCCACCCCAGUGGUGCUGGUCCGGAAGGACGACCUGCACAGAAAGAGACUGCACAACACGAUAGCACUGGCCGCCCUGGUGUACUGUGUAAAGAAGAUUUACGAACUCUAUGCCGUAUGAUCUCAGUAGAACAGGGAGCGAAGCAAAAACCACCUGGCCCACAAGAGACAACAGAGUCUUCAGAUCGCCACAGUCACGUUUCUCACUCUGUGAGGCAGCAGAGCCUGGGAAGGUGUUUGGCUUAAUAUUGGUUAUUUUUUAAAAAAUAACAGAUCACGGGUGUACCCAGGGUUUUUCAGCUCAUUACACUAAGAUGUGGAUUUCCAUAACCCAAGAGGGGGGGUCUGAGGCUGUGGAAGUCCGAUUGGGCAGUGGAACGCUGACGGAGGCAGACGCUGCUGAGGGGGUGUGGACGUGCUUUGGGGGAGGUCUUUAAGUCUAUUGUUUAACUGUACCAUCCAGAGCCCACCAGAAGCUAUUGACCAUUAAAAUUAUGAGAAUUUCAA